AUGAGGAAAUGGUCAAUACAAAUUUCUAUGUUGGACUCCCAAGGUAAAGAGCAUCCAGCAAAAAUUUUAGACAGAGUUACAUACACAUUACAUCCGACAUUUGCCAACCCAAUAAGAACAUUGAAACAACAGCCGUUCAAAGUCGAAGAACAAGGUUGGGGUGAAUUCGAUAUACCAAUUGCCGUUCAUAUCUUGGGUAUUCCAGGGAAAGCUGGUGAACGUAAGUUUCAACACGAUUUGAACUUUUUACAAGAAAAGUAUGUGAAUGACCAUGUGAUCAGUAUUCCAGUUUCACCUACCAAGAAUCCAGCUUUGAACAAAGUGUUAGCUGAAACAGGAUCAUUACCAUUUGAAGAUAGUGGAGCCAGUGCAUCUUCAGCCAGCAGUGGCAGUGUUGGGAUUAAAAGAAAAUUAGAAUCAAAUAAUGGAGCUGCUGCUGCUGCUGCUACAUCUGUUGAUAACAAGUCCAAAAAAUCUAAGGGUGCUAUGAAAGGUAAUAUUGAUUUAGAGAAAUUAUCACAAGGAUUGACUAAAUUGAGUGAAGAUGACUUGAUUGUUGUGGUUCAAAUGGUAACUGACAACAGAACCAACGAGAUGAAUAUUAAAAAUGACGUGGAUAACGGUGAAUUUACUAUGGAUUUGUAUACUUUACCAGACUCAUUGUUGAAGAGUUUAUGGGAUUAUGUAAAAAAACACACUGGUGAAGCUUGA